AUGUGGAAGUUUGUACUUAUAGUGGGCAUCAUCGCCGGCCUGUUCCCGAGAGUGACCUAUGCAGAGGUUGUGAUCUGCUACUAUGGCACUUGGGCGGUAAACAGACCAGGUCUGGGCAAGUUCGGCGUGGAAGACGUAAACCCGAACCUCUGUACCCACAUCAUAUACGCAUUCGCGGGCAUAGAUUCAAAUGGAACUGUUAUACCUCUUGAUAUAGAACUUGAUAUUAAUAUGGGUAACUACAGAAAUUUCACCAAUCUGAAAAAGAAAAAUACAAAACUUAAACCUAUGUUGGCUGUCGGAGGCUGGGGUGAAGGUUCAGCGAAAUAUUCCGAAAUGGCGGCUGAUCCAGCUAAACGACAAAACUUCAUUCAGAGCGCUCUCGACAUCAUAUUUAAGUACAAUUUUGAGGGCUUUGACUUGGAUUGGGAAUAUCCCAAUCGUCGAGACACAGUCCACGGUGUCGAUGACAUAAAUAACUUUUCACAACUCGUAAAGGAAAUGAGGGAAGAAUUUGAUAAACAUGGCCUGAUAUUGACAGCGGCUGUGUCUUCCGUAGAAGCAUCAGCAUCACAGUCUUAUAAUAUAUCAGCUAUAUCGAAGUACUUACAUUAUGUGAAUUUAAUGACAUAUGAUAUGUACGGUCCUUGGGAGUCACUCACGGGUCAUAAUGCCGGUCUCCAUAAAGGAGACUUUGACGGAACUACCCCAAGAGAACAGUUGUUCACUGCUGAUGUGGCUGUAGAGUAUUGGCUGAGAGAAGGUAUGAAACAGCUGCCCACCAGAAAAGAUAGCACUAGGGGACCUUUCUACGGCCACUCUUUUAAGUUGCAAUCUGAAAACAAUUCCGAUGUUAGGGCUCCUUCAAAUGGCUCUGGUAUCGCUGGUCCUUAUACUGCUCAAGCGGGCUUAGUUGGGUACAACGAGUUCUGCGCCAUGCUCAAAUCAGACCCAUCCUGGACCAUUCGAAGGGAUCAUCUGGCUAAAGUGCCUUAUGCUGUCAACGGCUUAAACUGGGUGUCCUACGACGAUCCCGAAUCCAUAAGAUAUAAAGUGAAAUAUGCCUUAGAAAAGAAGUUAGCUGGAAUCAUGAUAUGGAGUAUUGAGACUGAUGACUUCUACAACGUUUGCGGUGGAGGAGCAUACACUCUUCUGAAAGCUAUCAAUGACGCUUUGUAUUAAAAGCCUUUCCCUUAGAAGUAAGAAGAAUUGACAAUAGUAAAAUGAAAGCCCAGAUGCAGUGUGUUGAACGUCUGAGGAAUCCAUUUCAGACUAACUACCAAACAAUAUUAUAACAAACAUUUUCCCUCUCAAAUCUAUUGCAAUUUCAAAGAUUGUUUUCAAUUGUGAUAUUUAUAUAGAUGAGU